CCUAGCUCUGGUCCGAAUAAUUCUUCAUUCUUAUAUCGAUCUUGAAAGACAAGAGUAAAUUUAAAACAUCUAUUAUUUUAUGUUUAUGUUUAAUCCGUUAUUACUAUUUUUCACCUAGAUAACUGUACAUGAUUGUUAAAACCCUGAUUUUUACCAUCUUCGUAGAUUUCGCGCGAGACUCUAGAAUGUCUUCACCCUAGGCCUUCGCGUUUCAUAACCCCUGUAAGGUGACGACCUAGGGCCACCCUUCUACUCUCAGCAGCGUCCGAAAGUAGUAAAUCGCCUAUGAAGCUCUCACUGUUCGGCGCUAGCAUGAUACAAUUCGAGAUAUUCUGAGACAGCGAUGUUGUAACAUUCGCGCUGGGGAUUAUGGAUCUCUUAUGAUUUACCAAUCAACGGAGAUCCUCCGCACAUAUCGAGGAUCAAUUAGGGGAUACCAUUUCGCCAGCAAGUCUUAGCGAUUUCUUCUGUCGUAAAAGUGGCUCCACUGGCCUCAGACAGGGCUGCAGAAUGGUCACAUAUUCUCUUUUAUCUAUGAUCGUUUCGCCCAAGUCUCUUCUUUUCUUCUUGUUUGGCGCUUUUGUCCUCUGUUUGGUGUUAAACAGUGCCCUUACCAUACGUUUCUUCGCACCAGGUGUGCUUAUUAAUCUAAUUUUCAUAUCAAUCACAAUGGCGAAGUCAUAUCGUGGGGUUCCUCUAGACGAAGAACCUUUUCUUGCUAAAGAGGAAGGAAUCGAAGGAGAGAAGUGGACGAGAAAAACGGAAAGCGAUUUCAUACCCGAACGCCUGCGAAGAUUAAGUCCGCAUUGGGCUUGGCUGGGUCAUGCCAUUCUACUAUCCAUAUCCUUUGCCUUCUUUGCGGCAUCCUUCUGCUCGAAAACUUCGAAAAUAACAGACAAGGAUUACAUAGAGAAAUACUCGGCGUGGUCACCCGCUGUCAGUGCAGUCAAGUACGAAACGCAAAAUUUCGACCUGCCUCCCGUAGCAGAAGGACCGUAUAUAGGGAAGGGCGACGAUGUGGAUGCAGCGUGGGAUAAGAUUUCAGCCAUUGGCGACACGAUGAUAUCUCGCGACGAGAUGAUAAACCUAGGUCUAGAUCCCGAUAGCUCUCUCGCCAUCACCGACCCGAGGGAUGGGAAGCCAGGGUAUCGGGUCGCGAUCGAAGUUUUCCACCAAUUACACUGCUUAAACCUAUUGCGACAAAACGUAUAUAAGGAUUACUAUGCGCCUAUGGGAGGAGACACGGCCGAUGCUCCCCCGGAUCUACGGGGCCAUCUCGAUCAUUGUAUCGAUGCGUUGCGACAAUUCGUUAUGUGCCAGGGUGACAUCGGGGUGUUCAGCUUUCAUUUUCCGUUCAACGACGGAGACCCGUGGCCGAACUACAGCACGCCGCACACGUGCAGGAACUUCGAGAGCAUCCGUCAAUGGGGUGUCGACCACACAGUACCUAGGGGACCUGACGAGCCUGAACAUUGAUAUGAGAAUUACUUCUUUCUCUCUCUAGAAGAGAGAUUUAUAUAGCAUUUUGCAUUAAAUGAGCGACAUUUGAACAUAUUAAUCCGAGGCUUAACUGAAACGUCAAACUGAAAUAUUGAUCAUAUGUUAGACUUCUGCCGCAAGCUGAUGAUCCACAUUAUGAAAAUGUGUCGACCUAGGCUUUAAGUGCUGCAGAAUCCCUUGAUUUAUGAGGUCGAUCUGAAGAAUGAAUUCUCUUUAAGAAGCAAACUCACCCCGUACCUUGGUUACCUCAUGCUUUCAGAAGAUAAUGGUAUUGGACACAAAAAGGUAAGUCCGCAUAUAUUAACGUAGGAGCAAGAAGCGAGAAGCGAGAGGCGAGAGUAGGUACAUAUGUACUCCGGGUUUUAAUUGUGGAAAUUGGUAGGAAGCAAAAAAAAGCCAUUGAAGGAUGAAAAGCCAUGUAAGUGAUAAGGUUAGGGCGAGCUGGGCGAGAUGAUG